AUGUCAACCCCUCUUGAACUCUUCUCCCUCUCAUGGGGAAUGUACCCCCGCCGCGUCCUCAUCUAUCUCGCCGAGAAAAACCUCCUCAAAUCACCACUCAUCAAAGUUACAGAAGUAACAGUCUCCCCUAAUAGCAAUAGCUUAACGGCUCCCGGAAAACCCAAAGGAACAGCGCCAAUCUUGCGUCUUCCAGAUGGAAAGUUCAUCAAGCAGUCAAUCGCCAUUCUCGAGUACUUUGAAGACAUCUGCGAUCAUCCACAGCAGCCAUGGCAAAUUGAACUCACGAAAGGCGCCGGUGGCAGUAUGCUUGGACGGACAGCGGAGGAAAAAGCACGGGUCAGAGAGGUUCUCGGUCUUGCUGAUGAAGUCACCAGUCAGUUUGGCUUUGCGUGCCACAAGGGUACGGCGCUGUUCAACAUGCUUGAGCAGACGCAUCCAGUCACGUCGAAACUUGCUCUUGAGUACUGCACCAAGAAUCUCAAACUGCUGGAGAAAUACUAUGAGGAGGAUACUCGCUUUAAUGGCGGAGAUGGGCAAGUCACUAUUGCUGAUUGCGUUUUAUACUCAACUCUGCACUUUGCCAAAGAACUCUACUCUCUGGACCUUUUGGCAGAUCCCGAGUUGGUCAGUCUUCGAGCAUUUUACUCUUGGUUCAGUGGAAGAGAAAGUGUCCAGGUUCCGGAAAACCAUUUCCCUGCUCAGUUCAAAGAACUGGCUUGUCAAUGGCUUCCUGUGGAGUAA